CUGAAAUCUUAAUUUCUUUAAAACACAGAAACGCUGAGAAAAUCAGCUUCAACAUCAGAAUUACUUAACAAAAAUGCCACUUAAAGGGCGGGCACCCGAGGCCGGAGACCUGAUUGAGAUUGACCGAGGGUUUUACAAGCACUGGAGUGUCUACGUGGGAGAUGAUUACAUUGUCCAUAUAACAGGUCUGACUGGAAUGCCUGACUGGGGCUUUGUUAGCUCUAGCAACGGCAAGGCGAUAGUGAAGAAACAGCUCCUCAGAUGUGUUGUAGGGAACUGCAACUACAGGGUCAACAACAAGUAUGAUGGGAUCCGGCAGGUAUAUCCGGUAUCCGAAAUCAUAGUCCGGGCAAACAAGGAGGUUGGGAAGACACGGACAUAUCAUGUCUUCGCUAAGAACUGUGAACACUUUGCUAAUGAGAUUCGCUACAACGAAGCAAGAAGUGACCAAGCUAAUGCAGCAGUUGCAGUGAUAAUGGCGAUAGGUAUUCUGAUUUUGUUCCUUUGACAACAGUAGCAUCGUUAAACUUCUUCAGCCCAGAAACACUCCACCCUGUACAAAAGAUACAGAUCAGGGCCAUGCUGUGGAAACCAAAAUAAAUUUGAGACCUCAGAAUUACCUCA